AUGGACGCCUUGAACAAGUACGGGGCGAUUGACUAUCAAGGGCAGCUCCUCGCGGAGAAGAUCAACCAGCGGCUGCUGAUUUCCGGCGCAAUCCUUGCGUUUAUCGUGGGCUACGCGUGCGAUAACCUUGCGCUGACCAUGUAUACCUUUGGCGCGUUCUUUGCCCUGAGCCUGCUCGUGUGUGUCCCGCCGUGGCCCAUGUACAACCGCUGCCACGUCCAGUGGCUCCCGUCGACGACCCCCGCUGCAUAG